GCCUGUGACUGCCUUGCUCUGCUCUGAGGAGCUCUCGCAAUCCCUUUCCCCUCUCGAAAGUGGGGUGACUGCAUGCGGACCAUGGAGCAGGGCAGCAGCCCCGCGGAGGACUUCCCUCUUAACGUGUUUUCGGUCACUCCUUACACACCCAGUACUGCUGACAUCCAGGUGUCGGAUGAUGACAAGGCAGGGGCCACCUUGCUCUUCUCAGGCAUCUUCCUGGGACUAGUGGGGAUCACCUUCACCAUCAUGGGCUGGAUCAAAUACCAAGGUGUCUCUCACUUUGAAUGGACCCAGCUCCUUGGACCCAUCCUGCUGUCAGUCGGUGUGACAUUCAUCCUGAUUGCUGUGUGCAAGUUCAAAAUGCUCUCCUGCCACGUGUGCAAAGAAAAUGAGGAAAGGGUCCUGGAUUCGGAGCAGACAGCAGGAGGACAAUCAUUUGUUUUCACUGGUAUCAACCAGCCCAUCACCUUCCAUGGGGCCACUGUGGUGCAAUAUAUCCCUCCUCCCUAUGGCUCUCAAGAGCCCCUUGGGAUCAACGCAACCUACCUGCAGCCAGUGGUGAACCCCUGUGGUCUCAUACCACCUGGAGGGGUGGUGACGGCCACGCCAAGUCCUCCUCAGUACUACACCAUCUACCCUCCAGAGAACGCCGCGUUUGUUGGCGAGCAAGACUACCCUUCGACUGUGGCUGGUGCAAAUGACAGGUCCAGCCCUGAUGCUGACCAGCUGGAAGAGACACAGCCGGGAGAAGAGGACUCCGGCUGCUUCUCUCCUCCUCCCUAUGAGGAAAUAUACUCCUUCCCUCGCUAGACCAUGAUGCUGAGGGAACAGCAUUUAAGUCAUUGUUGCCGAUGAAUGAAGUGUUGGAUGCUAUGACUUUCAGAGGUUGGACAGUAGGACAGCCCAGGCAGCCUGAUGGAUACCACUCAAGGGGGUAGGGGUAUGAGGGGAAAUGGGAAGUAAAAUGUCUCAGAUUGUUAAAAAUUAGGCCCAGGGUUCGGGGACAUUUCCUUCUGGUACAGCUGGACAUCCCUGCAUAUGGUUCAUGGGCAGGAACUUCACUUCUUUGUCCACAACCCACCCCUUUCCUAUAGGAUGACACCCGUGUCUCAAAUUUAGCUCCAGCAGCCAAGGCAAACAUCACGGCUGUUGGGACUCUAGGAGUUUCCAUGGAAUGAGAGUGGGGAGGGGGUGGGCAAGGAGCAGACAAGAGAAAAUAGGCUCAACAAGAGAUUUACCUGUUUUCAGCCCCUCAAAGGGGGUUUGCAGAUUCCCAAACAACUUGGUUGCUGUCUGGGGUCCCCUGAAGGCUCUGGGCAUCUUAAAGGCUGCAAAACAUGUUAGUAGUGGAGUAAAAGAAAAUAAUGUCUCCUGUUCAAGAAAUAUUAGAUAGCUGGCUACAAAAUAAAAUAAUAACCCUGUAAAAUAAAUAAUAAUAGGACGAUUAGUCAAUAAAUCCAUAAGCUACCACUAGGUCCCUGGGAAUACUGGCAAGGCUAAAGCUUGAUGUGUCCACCCAGGCUGGGAUCUCUGCUGGAUGCAAGCCACAUGGGCCCAGGGACCAACAGAAAACAGGUGCUUCUCUAAGCACCUUUCGAUGAGUUCUGCUGAAUUAGACAAAAUAGAGCCUCAUGUCCAUACCUGGAAAAUCAUGGAUCAUGGAAACAAUCUUUAUGGUCAAGACAAGCUCACCUUCUAUAUAAAAUCUCCCUGAAUCUGAACUGUGUAAUAAACCACCAGCAAAGAUGGAAGACUUUAGAAGAGAUAGUUACAUUCAUCGAGUUUUAAAAGAAAAUAUUCCCCUUAUUUUCCUGCCACUGGAGAUAAGGGAGGCUCAUCCCAGAGGAAGACAGGAUUCAGCAAUUCCUUAAAAUUUUGCUACCAUGUUUAUAUAUGGAGUGAUUUUUACUAAUUUGUAUCACAAACAUCUCAUUUUCCAAGGAUACGAUUAAAAUAUGCUUGGUUUAUUAUUGUUGUGAUUUGCAUUAUAUUUUAGGAAAAAAACCUUUUUAUAUGUGAAUUCAUUUUAAUGUCAAAGUUUCAGUGCCCAGGCCAGGACCUUUAGGGCCUUGUCAGCCUUGUAAGCCAUUUUAGUCUGUGUCUACAGAGCAACUGCAAAGCCACUGAACGGUCUUAAUGAGGAGGGAGCUAUGGUAGGAUUCUGAACACUUACUAGUUAGGGUAAAACCCAGCAUCACAGAGGGUGUAAUUUUGACCUUGCUGGCAAAGCUCAGAUCUAAGUGACCACAACACCAGGAGACACCCUUCUCCACCCUCAGCCUUCAGCGGGGCACCGUGGGUGGGUGGGUGUGUCCGGGCCAUCUAUAUAGAAUUCAAAAGAAAGCUAAAAGGUCUUGUUCAUCAAAGGAGACAGGUUGUUGUGUGGGAACAUCUCCUGGGAGCCGACUUGGGCUGGGCCUUUUGGCUGGAGAGACUCAUGACAGCUCAGGAUCUUGACAGGGCGGGAGUCCUUACCUAGGACUGUGAAGUGAGGCCCAGCCACUAAGGGGAAGAAGCUUUCACAAAGCUCCUGGGACUUCUUGUUCUGCAUGGGCCAACCAAGGACUGGAUCUCUUGUGCAAUCUGGGGGUGCAUUCCCCUCCUGCAGAACUCCAGAGGAAGGGGUGCCACAGAGUGAAGCUCUUCCCAGAGCCUGUGAUCAAUCGAUCCUUUCUCUUUGCCUCCACUGUGCUGGGCACCAGGCUGAGUUUCAGGCUCUUUGCUACAAACCAGCCCGUUAAAUAAUGCUCUCCCCACUUUUUUCUUUGGUAGAAGGUGGGGGUACGUCAUAAAAAUAAAGCCUCUUGUUUGUGAA